AUGGCUCUGGUACCAUCUCCAGCUCUGGUCGCCGAGGUUGAGAUGGGUUCUGACCCCUCCGCACCCACUGUUCGAGCCACCGUGGUCCAAGCCUCCACUGUCUUCUAUGACACUCCUGCCACUUUAGAUAAGGCUGAGAGGUUAUUGGCUGAAGCAGCUGGGUAUGGUGCCCAGCUGGUUGUGUUUCCGGAAGCUUUUGUGGGUGGUUAUCCACGUGGGUCAAAUUUUGGCAUUGUCAUUGGGAACAGAACAGCUAAGGGUAAAGAAGAGUUCCGAAAGUAUCAUGCUUCUGCCAUUGAUGUUCCUGGUCCUGAAGUUGAUCGAUUGGCAGCAAUGGCUGGAAAGUACAAGGUAUUCUUGGUAAUGGGUGUGAUAGAGAGAGAUGGAUAUACACUCUAUUGCACUGUUCUGUUUUUUGAUUCUCAAGGUUCCUACUUGGGAAAGCACCGAAAAAUUAUGCCCACAGCAUUGGAGCGAAUUAUUUGGGGGUUUGGAGACGGCUCCACAAUUCCCGUGUUUGAGACUCCAAUUGGAAAAAUAGGCGCUGCCAUUUGUUGGGAAAAUAGGAUGCCACUGCUAAGGACAGCAAUGUAUGCUAAAGGCGUUGAAAUAUAUUGUGCUCCUACUGCUGAUUCCAGGGAUGUAUGGCAAGCAUCAAUGACUCAUAUUGCUUUAGAGGGUGGGUGUUUUGUCUUAUCAGCUAAUCAAUUCUGUCGAAGGAAAGACUACCCCCCUCCUCCAGAAUAUGUAUUUGCCGGCACAGAAGAGGAACUUACUCCAGAUUCUGUUGUCUGUGCUGGAGGCAGUGUCAUUAUAUCACCAUCAGGGGCUAUUCUCGCUGGACCCAAUUACGAUGGGGAGGCACUCAUCUCAGCAGAUCUUGAUCUUGGAGAAAUAGCGAGGGAGAAAUUUGCUUUCGAUGUGGUUGGGCACUAUUCACGGCCUGAAGUGCUUAGCUUGACUGUCAAGGACCAUCCGACAAAUCCAGUGACUUUCGUGUCGGCCUCAACAAAGACUGAAGUCUCACAUACACCAUAA